AUGCAACCUAGCGCAGCGCGGCAAGAUUCCAAAAUUCCCGGAAUGAGCGGGUCGCUAUCGGCGCCGGUGCUCGUGCUCGCGCUAAUCGGCGCGCUCGCCGUGUUCACCGAGGUCGUGUCGCUCGUGCGCGUAGGCGUGUCGCCGUCCUACGUGUCCUUCUCGUCCGCCGUCGCCGCUGUUCACGGACGCGAUGCCACGUGGACGGAGCGCGGUACGGCUCCGGGAGAUGCGGAGAGCGACCCAGAAGGAGCGGCGUGGCCUGCGGAUGCUCCCAACACUGAAGCAGCAACCGAAGCUGCUGAAGAAGCAGCAGCAGCAGCAGCAGCAGCGGCAGCCGGAGGAGGAGGAGGAGGAGGAGGAGGAGGAGGAGGAGGAGGAGGAGGAGGAGGAGGAGGAGGAGGAGGAGGAGGAGGAGGAGGAGGAGGAGGGGAAGGAAGCUCGGGUGUUGACACACUCCCGCCGCUCUCUCUGCUGCCCCCGGAUUCACGAGCAGGACUCAUGUUCGAUGCUCUGCUGAGGGCGCAAUUUCGUGUGCAGCAGAUGCCUCAUUCAUGUCACUCUCUGCUGCCUUUGGAUCUCUCAUUCCAUUCCCUUUCCCUUGCACCCUCCCAUUCCCCUGGUUCUCGUCCUCCCACUCGUCCUCCUCGCCCUCCCAUUCCCCUCCUCACCACUGCCCCAUCCCAUUCCCCUCCUCACCACUGCCCCAUCCCAUUCCCCUCCUCACCACCGCCCCAUCCCAUUCCCCUCCUCACCACCGCCCCAUCCCAUUCCCCUCCUCACCACCGCCCCAUCCCAUUCCCCUCCUCACCACCGCCCCAUCCCAUUCCCCUCCUCACCACCGCCCCAUCCCAUUCCCCUCCUCACCACCGCCCCAUCCCAUUCCCCUCCUCACCACCGCCCCAUCCCAUUCCCCUCCUCACCACCGCCCCAUCCCAUUCCCCUCCUCACCACCGCCCCAUCCCAUUCCCCUCCUCACCACCGCCCCAUCCCAUUCCCCUCCUCACCACCGCCCCAUCCCAUUCCCCUCCUCACCACCGCCCCAUCCCAUUCCCCUCCUCACCACCGCCCCAUCCCAUUCCCCUCCUCACCACCGCCCCAUCCCAUUCCCCUCCUCACCACCGCCCCAUCCCAUUCCCCUCCUCACCACCGCCCCAUCCCAUUCCCCUCCUCACCACCGCCCCAUCCCAUUCCCCAAUCGACCCCACUAUAUCCUCUUGCUAUCAGCCAACCUUGGUCGCACAGGCACGGACAGCAGGCGAGCUCCUAGGUCUCACGGUGCGAUCGUUGUGCAAGUCCGUGGUGGAGAGAGCAUGGCAGGGUAGGAGACGUUCACUGGCCGCCUCUUAG